CCUUCCAAUAAUCUUCUCCUACUCCUGCAAACACUCUUUAUCUCUCCACAGUCCUCCUUGGCCCUUGAUCAGUGUGGCCCAGUAAUUCCUUCUACCCCAAAACUACUCUCUGAUACCGGUCCCAAAGCUUCUCUUGACAAAAUGGACACUACGAAGAUGGAGAGGCUUCAGGCCAUGAAGAGGUAUAGGAGGAGGCAGCGGCAAUUCCUGCCAAGUCCCAUCCAAUACUUCGUAGCAAUUCUACUUCUUGGUUUAUUACUCUCAAGCCCCCUUUGGCAUCCCACCAUCUUCUCCUCUCUCAAGCUCUUCUACUUUGCAUUCCUUCCCAACUUGCAUGCCACUGUGUUUGGACCCAAGUGUCUCUUCAUUGUGUGCAAUCUCAUUGUCGUCUUCCUCGUCAGUGAAUCAAAGCUUUCAAAGUCUUCCUUGUCACCUGAUAUCUAUGAAGAGUACAUGAAUAGAAACACAAACCGUUGGAGACUAUCUACGGGUGAAAGCAAGAAAGGAAGUGCAUUCAAGAAGGCUUUCGCUGAAGAAGGAGAAGAGGAAAAAGGUGGUGGAGGAUGGGAGGAGGUAGAGGGAGGGUAUGAGGAGUUGGAUGAAGAGGGAAAGAAGGGCUUGGAUGAAUUGAACAGGAGAGUUGAGGACUUUAUUGCAAGGGUCAACAAGCAGAGGAGGCUUGAAGCAAGAAUGCUACUAUGUUAUGAAUGAGGAAAGGAAGAACAACUUUAGGCACAGAAUAGAACAAUGAUUACUACAGGGGUAGUAAGAAAGCUGUUAUUGUGUUCUUAGACAGAUCUUUCACCCGAAAAAUAUAUGUGAAAAGGCAAAACAGCAUGAGAUCUUUGUAGAAAUUAAGUUAAAGUUCUAUCGACUUCCACAGCCAAAGGGGAAAUAUGUGAGGGGUUAAAUUGUUCUGUUUUCACUCAUAGUGAUCCAUAAAGCCAUGAAACUAUAUAAAGUAUUAAUAGCGUAAUAGUAAUAACAUGAUUGAAAAUAAAGUAGUAGUCUCCUGAGGCCUGACAAGGAAUCUAUUAAUUGGAAGGGAUUGGCUAGGAAUGCUGAAGAUGU